GUGAAAAUUAAUGAGAACGAAGGUGGAGGAUGAUUGAGUUGUGUGACUUGUGUGUAGUCGAGUCGAGACUAGUCUAAACGACGCCGUUUAAUAUAAGAAGGCAAAGACCCUGCUCCGUCACAAAGCCAUUUCCGUCACAACGCACAAGUUCCUCUUCCUCUUUACUCUUAUAUUUCUCUCUCUUCAACCGGCAAAACCCUGAAAACCUUAAACCCUGACCGCCAUGGGAUAUCGUGAAACUUCUCCGAAGCCGUCCCCGGACCAGGUCGUCGACGUGGUCGGCGGAACCUUCGGAGUAGGCUUCGUCUUCGGAGGCGCCCUUCACUUCCUCAAAGGAAUCUACAACUCGCCGGGUGGCGCGCGUCUCGCCGGCGCCGCCCAGGCCAUCCGUAUCAACUCUCCGCGCGUGGGCGGCCGCUUCGCCGCAUGGGGCGGCUUAUUUUCCACCUUCGACUGCACGUUGGAGCACAUGCGGCAAAAAGAGGACCCCUGGAAUCAGAUCAUCGCCGGCGCGGCCGCCGGCGGCUUCCGCCAGAUGCGGCAGGGGUUCGGCGCGACGGCGAGGUCCGCCGCCGUGGGAGGGGUACUGUUGGCCCCACUCGGAGGCUUCGAGAUCACGAUGGACAAGUUCUUGGAGCAGUAUCAUCAUCAGCAUUGGUACGUGACUGAGGAACCUGGUGCUAGUAUGCCCGGUCUACCUGGGCCGGAGGCGGUUAGGUCAGAAGGAAGUGCUAAGCCGGAGGCGGUUGGGUCAGAAGGAAGCUCCUCCGGUGGUUCGUGGUUUGGGAAAGGCAAAGAGUCUGAGGCGGCCAGCAGCGGAAGCGAGACGAAGGUUCUGGAGAGUUUUGAUGCGCCUCCGGUGCAGGGUUUUGAGAUCAAAGUGACGUGGAGGGCUGAUUAGAAAGGUUAGUAAUUGUAAAUAGGAGGGCUGGAAUGGAACUGACGGAUUUGAGGAAGUUGCAUUUUGAGUUCAAGUGAUCCAGGUUCGGAUUAGAAAGGUUAGUAUUUGUAUUUAGUAGGGUUGGAAUUGAACUGACGGAUUUGGGGAAGUUGGGGAUAUUUGAGGUUUUUAAAAUUCUAACACAGCUUCUUUCUAAGAUCAUGCAAGGUUUCAGAUGAGUUCUUGAAUAGCGGAUUACGUUCUUUGUUUUGUGACCUUUGCUAAAUGCUUUGAAAUGUUGUCACUUGUGUUAUGGGUGGCUGCUGCAUAUUCAUGAUAUGGCUUUAAAUGGUCAUUUGUAAGCAGGACAUUUGCCAGAACUAGGUGCCAAUUACUGCUCUAACUUGGUUGGCUCUGUAGGUGAAGCCAGACUAGUAGCAUUUUAGGGUUUGUGCACUAGACCUGGUGGCCGUGCCUUAUUAUUUGCUUUUCUUGUGUUUAUACUUUAUAUGUUCUUAUGUUUGCAUGUCAUGUAUGAUCUUUUCAAUGCUUGGAAAAAGGAGGUACUUCUGUAAUGUUAGUAGUGCGUGGUUGGUUCUGGUAUAUACCCAUCAAGCACUAUUAUCUUUUGGUAGCUUGCUAUUUAGAAGCAGGAGUUGCACUUAUGUGGUAUUCUGUGUUUAGUUUAUGCAGCUAGAAUUUGAAUGAUACGAUUGCAGAGAAAGAACCCUGUGCCUAGAAAUUACUGAAAUUGAAUGAUACGAUCGCC